AUGUCAAAACGCCCCUCUUCGCCCUCGUUGGAGGGCAAGUCCGCUUUGGCUUCAGCCCCUUCCCAACUCAAUCGUAUCAAGGAUGCCGACGGCGACGACGAUAUGGGCGAGUUCGAGGACCAGUUCGAAGACGAGUUUGACGAGGAAGACACCGACGCUGUUCUGGCCACUCGCGAUUCGGAAGACUCGGACGAUGACGACGACGACGACGACGACGCCGAAACUAUGGAGGUCGACGGUGUCAAAGUCGACGGCAAGAUCCAACGACCCGAGGAUGAUGAAGCCGACGCUGUGGAGCCCGAGACGCAAGUCUACAUCCCAGGUGUUAGCAAGCUCGCAGAGGGUCAGACGCUCGAAGCAGAUCAAAGCGCUUACGAGAUGCUUCACCGUCUCAACGUAACAUGGCCCUGUCUCUCGUUUGACCAUCUCAAGGACCACCUUGGAAACGACAGGCAGAGCUACCCGCACACCUCGUACAUGGUUGCUGGUACCCAGGCUGACACAGCUUCGCGCAACGAGAUCCUCGUGAUGAAGGCAAGUUCACUCCACAAAACUCAGAAUGACGAUGGUCUGUCCGAUGACGAAGACGAAGACGAUGAAAACGAUCUGGACGACGAUGCGAUUCUCGAGUACAAAUCCAUCCCUGUCGUCGGUGGUAUCAACCGCGUUCGCGCCGCGCCCACUUGCACGCCUGUUUCAGACCUCGAGCCCUGUUUGGACGCGUACCCAGUUGCAGCAUGGUCCGAAGUGGGUGAUGUCAAGAUCUUUGACGUUCGUCCUCUGCUCAACUCGCUCGAUCGUCCCGGAACGAGCUACGAUGCGCGCAGAGUCAACACGCCCAUGUUCACCGUCAAGGCGCACAAUGGUGUAGAGGGAUAUGCUAUGGAUUGGGCGGGCGUGGUAAAUGGCGGAUCUUCGGCUGGCGGAAAAGCUUCGUCGUUGAGGCUGUUGACGGGUGAUAUCCACAGCAAGAUCUUCCUUACCACUGCGAACAAUGCAGGUUUCACGACGAACCCAACACCAUUCACGUCGCAUACGUCUUCCGUCGAAGACCUGCAGUGGUCACCAAAGGAACCUACCGUAUUUGCGUCGUGUUCCGCCGACCGCUCCAUCCGUGUCUGGGAUGUUCGAGUGAAAAACCGACGCAGCGUCAUCUCGGUUGAAAACGCGCAUGUGCAAGAUGUCAAUGUGAUUUCCUGGAAUCGAGGAACCGACUACCUUCUCGUUUCUGGUGGAGACGAAGGUGCACUGAAAGUGUGGGAUCUUCGACACUUUAAGCCGAACUCAAGCACGGCUCCCUCGGCGGUCGCUCACUUUGACUGGCACAAAGCGCCUAUCUCUUCGGUUGAAUGGCACCCUACUGAAGACUCGAUCUUUGCCGCUAGCGGUCGAGACGACCAAGUUACACUUUGGGAUCUCUCGGUCGAACACGACGACGACGAACAAGCCGCAGCCGGCGUCGGCGUCCAAGGUCUCAAAGAUGUUCCUCCUCAACUCCUGUUCUGCCACCAUGGGUUGACCGAUUGCAAGGAGUUGCAUUGGCACCCGCAAAUCCCAGGAAUGCUCGCCACUACCUCGUUGGAUGGCUUCAACCUCUUCAAGACCAUCUCGGUCUGA